GGGAAAAGGAUAGCGUGUGAAGAACAUUGAUUACAUCAACUCCUAGAGCGUAGUUGAAGUUUAGAAGAAACAGAAAUCCACAAAAAAAUGCCGCGUCGAAGAGGACAGUCUCUCUCCACGCUUUUUCUCCUCUCUCUCGCAAGACACCUCCUUCUUGAUCCGGUUACCGCUAGAAUCAAUCAUAGGAAAAGAACGCACUACGCCAGCAUUGAGCCUGACGGAGAAAUUGCAGGUGACGGCGCUGCUACAGCGGGAACAAUUUCCCUAGGACAAUUACCUGAGUUACAAUCGCAACAAGGUAUACCACCUACCAUAACAAGUUCUAGUACCGAGGACAAGUACAACGACCACAUCAAGACUCUUCCUCUUGAGAAUCCAAGUAGUUCAUCGACAAGGUCAGAAACUGCCGCACAAGAACAAGAUCAUGAUCAUACAUCUAGAUCUACACGUAGCACUAGCUACAAAAAUAAUGGAGACGAGUCCCUCCAUCAUCCGCAUACUACGUCUGGGAAGGUGUACGCGAGUUUGCUUGGGAUUCACGAGAACUUCGAUAGGGUCAUGACCGACGCCCUGAAACUGACUGCAAUACACUUUCGCGUUUUGGAAGUUACGGGUUUGAACGAGACUGAAUAAUUUGUAGUCUACUAAAACCACAUAGAAUAAGAUGAACUAGAACUUGAACUAGCUACAACAGUACAAUAAAAAUCUCGAUCUUCUUCAAAAUGAACAAUAAUCUAAUCGCCAGCCAAAAUUCCAAUCCGCAUUUGACAAGUACGAGAGCUUGCUCGAGAAAGCGAGGGACUAUCAAUCCAGCUCAGGGAUUUCUUUCGUUCAAGAGACGGAGAAACUCUUCUCUGCCCUCGUGAAGGCUUGGACUUCGAAACUGAUGCGGUUCGUGUUUGCCUCUGGUGGUGCUUCUUCGAGUGGUAGCUCGUCUGGUGCUGGAGGAGAGAGUGAAACUACUACAUCAAGAUCAACAUCAGAAGGUGCAUCACGACAAACGACUACUAGUGAUGGUAAACAGGAGUCAGAAGGAGAACAACAAGCAGCAUCAUCUUCCUCUAGUACAUCACCUGCGAGUGAAAGCGGUACGUCUUCAACGUCGUCCUCCUUCAUUUCCACUACAGUUCAUCAUGGUCCUCAGCGCCAGCACGGAGGUCACGGUAACGGAGGUCACGGUCGUCACGACAGCAAGAAACCAAAAAAGAAGAAGAAGUUAGAUGCCGAAUUGUAUUCGGUCUUCGCUGAGUCCUUGAGACCAGUAUUUGCUGGCCUCGUCUGGCAUGAUCGAGAGCAGGAGAAGAAGGACUCGGUGGUCUGGGAAUACCUGAAGCGAUGCUGUGGACCUCGUUCGGCGACAGAAUAUGUGGAAGUUAUGGCUUCGGGUUGGUCUUGGUCAUUUUUAUUUGAAAGCACUCCUGACGGCUGACUAACCUGUACUACUUCGUUCCUUGUGAAUUCAAUUUUCUCAUUUUGCUAUUCAUUCUAGCUCUUUUCUGUUGUAAAUGCAAACGAAUAGGCAUCUUCUACUGCUACUCUGGUAUUAAACGUAAAAAUUCAUAGAUAAAACUAUUGUCUGUUCCCCUAACGAACGUGACGAAUUCGAAGACGAGACUGGGAGAGUCGUCCUGCGCAUCGACAAGCAUGGUAAACCUGUACCAGUUGGAGACGAUGAAGAAAGCUCAAGAAGAAUAGCACAUCAGCAUCAAAAAGUAGAAGAAGAUCGUGCAGGACAGCACCUCCAUCCAGAGGAUGACAAUCUAGCUACAGAAAGAGAUACUUCUUCAUCGACGUCCACAACAAGUGGAGGAAAAAAUACUAAGCAUCGUCAUGCUGGGCAUGGAGCAGUAGGUGGUCAGUGGCAUGCUGAUCACAAAGAUCAUGACGAGCCUCAUUUCUACGUCCUGCAUCAAACGUCAGUAGCGAAGACGAGAGCGCGCCUGACCUGCGGCGUCCUUUUGGGAUUGUGCUUCUUGGCAACUGCAGGUCUGCGUGUCCUCGAGGAGGCGCAGGUGAAACACGGUCAACAUGGAACGCAGGUGAAACACGGCAUCAUUGAGUAAGUAUGUACAGUGAAAAGGGCGGUGAACAGGAAAUUUUUACAUUGAUGAAGAAAGAAGGAUAGAUGAAAACAUCGACAGCCAACAUUAUUCGAUUGCUAUCACCUUGUACAGUUCAUUGUAGUAUCCCAAAUUUGACUACUUAUUCGAAAUUGUGC